AUGAGUGGUCCCAAUCUCUCCCGAAAUAUCUCGUACGGCCGGGGAGGCGCCGGCAACAUCGCCCCUCCUCCGAAAUCCACAACGCCCACAACCCCCAAGGACCUCGCUACGCCGAGGAUCAAGCAAGAGAUUUAUACCACCGGCCGCGGAGGAUCGGGGAAUAUGGUCCUGAAUGAUCCGGAGCGUCCAGAGAUCGCGCGCGAGAGUCAAGAUGUUGAGUCGCCGCCGCUCCGGGCGGAACAAUACCCCCACCAUACGGGCCGAGGUGGUGCCGCCAAUGCCUACAUCCCCACGCCCGAGGAGGAAGAACACGCCCGUAAGGAGGAAGCCGAGCUGAUCCGAGUGCGCACCCAGUCCAAGGAUCGCAUGAAGGAGAUGGAGCUCAAGCGACAGGAGACGCGCCGAGAUUCGCCGUCUUCCUAG